UAAUUCUAACCUCAAUGUUUUCUGUCAUAGAAAAAUUUCUGUUAUGUUGCCAAAAAUUUUAAUAGCAAGGUAAAUCCUUGAAAUUUAAUACCCUAUUGAUAACAUUCUGAUAAGCAAGGUAUUAUGGCCGCAACUAACUUGUUCCGGAACUGUUUUGUGAAAAUAAAUGGUACAAAACUUAGAUAUUUUAGUAAAAUUAGUAGCAGGUUAGUUCAGAGACAAUACCCAUCCGUUUAUUACAUCCUAGGCGGAACUGCAACAUUACUCAUAGCGUAUAAAAUUAAGUCUCUUCAGAAUGUUUAUGCGGCUCAAUCAAAAGAUGAGGAUGUAAAAGUUGUAAAAUUGACGUCCAGAGAGAAAAGGUUUAUCAGAUUUGCUUCUGUAGAAUAUGAUGGUCAGCUCUAUAUGACACCUCAGGAUUUUCUUGAGUCAGUUAUUGAGGCAGAGCCAAGACCCAGGCUAAAAAGAAAAAUUUUAAAUCAAAAGGAACUUGAGAAGAUGAAAGAUGCUACACCACCCUUAAAUCAAGGCUCACCCAGGUUGUUUAGAAGUCUUAGAGAUAGAGGGAUUAUAUCUUAUACAGAGUACUUAUUUCUUCUUUCAGUAUUAACAAAACCACAGUCUGGUUUUAGAAUUGCAUUCAAUAUGUUUGAUACUGAUGGUAAUCAAAGAGUCGACAAAAACGAGUUUUUAGUGGUAAGAAAACUAUUGGCAGGCAAAAAAAAAGAAGAUGAUGAAAUGGAGAAAAUAUUUAGCCAUGCUUGGAAAGGCAAAAGAGGCAUGAAUAAUGACAUAGUGGAUGAUAGAAAUUCCAUAGAAGAGCAGUAUGUUGAUGAUGAACAGGGCCUUCAAAGAAAACACAUUGUUGAUACAACCCUUAUAGUGCAUUUCUUUGGUCCCAAGGGCAAUAAUGAUCUUAACUUUGAAAGUUUUAGAAAAUUCAUGUUGCAUUUACAAACAGAAGUACUAGAACUAGAAUUCAAUGAAUUCUCGAAGGGCCUUCCUACAAUUUCAGAAGUGGAUUUUGCUAAAAUUCUUUUAAGAUACACUUACUUGGAUACAGAUGCCUAUGAUAUGUAUCUUGAUAGAUUAUUGGAUCGAAUUAAAGAAACCAAAGGAAUUACCUUUGAAGAAUUUCAUGUUUUCUGCCAAUUUCUAAAUAAUUUGGAAGAUUUUACUAUUGCUAUGAGAAUGUAUACAUUGGCAGAUCAUCCCAUUUCAAAGGAUGAGUUUCACAGAGCUGUUAAAAUAUGUACUGGUACCAACUUAAGCCUCCAUUUGGUACAUACAGUGUUUGCAAUUUUUGAUGACGAUGGCGACGGUUUAUUGAGCUACAGAGAAUUUAUUGCUAUCAUGAAAGAUCGUCUACAUAGAGGUUUUAAAUCGUACGCUAAAAAUGAAGGUUGGGAAGCCUUUAAGUCCUGCAUAAAGCAAGAAAUGAAAUCAGCUGUUUAAAUAUUUGAAAUUAUAUUUUUACUCAUUAAGUGAUUGUCUCAAAUUUGAUUUGCUCUCUAAUCAAUUUUAAUUUAAAAAAAGCAAUUAUUGUUUUUGAUGUUUUAAUUCGUUUGUUUUGUUAAGCCAAAAUAAUUGUGAUAAUUUUAUUUGGUGCCAUUGUUUUAUAUAAAGUACUUAAAUUGUUGAAAUCUCACCUAUUUUUCAUGUUUACUGGUUUAUCCCAAAUAGGAUACAUGAAGUCUAUCAUCCCUGCACAGUAUUAUAAUAUACUCAUUUCCAAGAAACUUAAUAAUAACUUUUACGUAAAAUUAGCAAGUAUGUUUAGUAUACAAAUAAUGCCAGGAACAUACCACAAAAAUUAAUAAUAUUUCCCAUGGGAUUAAAUGAAUAGUCUUGUAUCCUGUUCUGGAAGAAAUAUUUUAGUUUUUCUAUUUAGUUAAAAACAUGAAAAUAUGUACUUAAUUUAUAGAAAAUUAUUGAUAAAUAUCUUUAACAAUUGUAACUAUUGUAUCAUCUUGAUACUGCAAUCGGAUUGCUAUUGAUACCUAGUUGGAAAUUGCAAAGUUGUUGACCUAAAUUGCAGUAUCAACGACGAACAUUUUAACAGAGUGAGAAAAUGGAUUGUUGUUAAGUUUAUUUACUUGUUCAUGAUUAUGGUUAUUGUAUCCUAGUCAUAAAAAAGUUAAAAUUUAUUGUUUAAAUUUAAAACGUUUGUGUACUUAUUUUUAUUAUAUAUAUUUUAAUAAGAUAUUAUGUACCUGUUGACAAAAAUUUUUAUUUUAUAUAUACAGGAUGGGUAAAUUAUCCUGAAUUUCACCAGCCCAUUGUGAAAAGAGUAAAUGUCGUAGGCUAUUGAGUAUGGACCCAAACGACUUAGUUAUUCGGAAAGUUUCAGCCAGUUGUAUCUCAGUCCCAAAAAUAAUGUAGAAGAAGGAGAAAUCGCCUUUGUCGAAUAGUACUUAUUCCAAAAUAGAUCGAUUUUCGAGGUACAGCUUGCGAUUUGUAUUCGUUACCAAAUUUCUACUCGAAAUUAAGUUGUUAGGUUAGACAACAAUAUCAAUUUCCGAUCGCGAACUGAAUUUUGAGGAAGGAUUUGGUAACGAGUACACUGUACCUCGACAGUCGGUCUAUUUUGGCAAAAGGUUGCACCUUCAACUACAUUAUUUUUACAUUUGAGAU